CAUUACCGUCUAGUUAAAGCAAGAAAGAAAUUCCUCUAGUUUUCAAUUUUCCUGUCGUUAAAUUCAUAGAUGGAGAAUCAGAUUCCUAUGGCAAUGGCAACGGAGAUUGAAAGAGGCACAAAAACUCAGGAAGAUCAAUGGAGGGUGGAGAGUCAAGUUUUCCAGAUUUACAAUUUAUUCCAAGGAAUUCCUCCCAAUUCACAAUUCGCCAUAUUAGAGCUUCAACGAGACAAGCAUAUAGAAUAUCUCACUAAAGGUUUCAAGCAACUCGGUCGCAGUUUUACUGUUCUGGACGCCAAUCGACCCUGGCUUUGCUAUUGGAUGCUCCACUCAAUUGCCUUGUUGCGAGAUUGUGUUGAUGACAAACUGGAAAAUGAUUGCAUAGAUUUUCUCAGCCGUUGCCAGGACCCAAAAGGUGGAUAUGGUGGUGGACCAGGUCAGAUGCCUCAUCUCGCAACAACUUAUGCUGCAGUCAAUUCACUUAUUACAUUGGGUGGUCAUAGAUCUCUGUCAUCAAUCAAUAGGUGGGCACAUUCUAUGCUGUUAACUUGCACUCUUGUAUUGCUGGUAAUCAAAUAUGACUUCAGUUUCUUAAUGUAUUCCAGAAGAACAUUUUAUGAUUUUUUGCUGCGAAUGAAGGAGAGAAGUGGUGGCUUCAGGAUGCAUGAUGGUGGGGAAGUGGAUGUUCGUGCCUGCUACACUGCUAUAUCUGCAGCCAGUGUUCUGAACAUUUUGGAUGAUGAGCUGACUCAAAAUGUUGGAGAUUACAUCGUGAGUUGCCAGACUUAUGAAGGGGGAAUUGCUGGUGAACCAGGUUCUGAAGCUCACGGCGGGUACACAUUCUGUGGUUUGGCUGCAAUGAUUCUAAUAAAUGAGGUCCAUCGUUUGGACUUGCCUGCCUUAAUUAACUGGGUAGUAUUCAGGCAAGGAAUAGAAUGUGGUUUUCAAGGUAGAACAAAUAAAUUGGUCGACGGCUGCUAUUCCUUUUGGCAGGGAGGAGUGGCUGCACUGAUACAACGACUACAGUUGAUUGUUAAUGAUCAAAUGGGGCUGUCCAAUAUCCUAGAAUGCGAUUGCAGUACGGAUAGUGACUAUGAUUCUAUAAAUUCAGAUAUUUCUGCAGACGAACAAUCUUUAGAGGGUACUUCUUCCCAUGUAAAUGAGAUGUGCCAAAUUCGGGAAGAAGCUGCAGGGCAACCCAAUACUUCUCAUCUAGCUGAUGUAAACAAUGUUGGUUACAAUUUUAUCAAAGGACACGUACACAUGAAACCUCUUUUCAACAACAUGGCAUUGCAACAAUAUAUUCUUCUCUGUUCGCAGGAGGAGGGAGGUUUCAGAGACAAACCUGGGAAAAGCAGAGAUCACUAUCAUACAUGUUACUGUCUAAGUGGCCUAUCAGUCAGCCAGUAUAGCUGCACAAAGGAUGUCGGUUCUCCUCCGCUGCCACAGGAUGUACUGGGGCCUUAUUCCAACCUACUGGAACGAGUUCACCCGCUCUAUAACGUUGUUUUGGACCGUUACUACGAAGCAAAUGAAUUCUUCAAGGCAAAUUCUCUGUAGCUGGCAUUUGCCAUUUUUAUUUUAUUUUUAUUUUUUUCUUUGGUGGGGGGUGGGUUGGGGUGGGGGUUGGGGUUGGUAGUUUCAGUCAUUUUCUCAAACUUAAAUGUCCAGUUAAUUUAUACUGGAUUUAAAAGGAUCUGGGGUAUUAGUUCCCAUGUCAUAUUUUCUGAAAUUGUAGUGGGCUUGAAAGACCAUGGUGAUGUGAGGUGUUGAGGUCAUAUGCGAUUAACUUAAUAUUAAUCAACAAAUUUCUGUUGAGUUAGGGAA